GAAGGAAGGAGGGAGGGGGGCACCGGGGCGGCGGGGAGCCCGGGCGGGGAGCCCGGGGCCGCCAUGGACUCGCGGGUGUCGGAGCUGUUCGGCGGCUGCUGCCGCCCGGCGGGCGCCGCGCUGCGAGGGCGCGGGGGGGCCGCUCCCGGCACCGGCACCGGCGGCGGCUGCGGGGGGAGCGGCGGCGGCGGCGGCGGCUCGAAGGCGAAGAAGAAGAGCGGGCGGAGCCGGGGGGGGAAGGCCAACAACCCGCCGUACCUGCCGCCCGAGGCAGAAGAUGGGAACAUCGAGUACAAGCUAAAGCUAGUGAACCCCUCGCAGUACCGCUUUGAGCACCUGGUGACGCAGAUGAAGUGGCGACUACAGGAAGGUCGUGGUGAGGCUGUCUAUCAGAUCGGUGUGGAGGACAACGGGCUGCUGGUGGGCCUCUCGGAGGAGGAGAUGCGUGCCUCGCUCAAGACGCUGCGCCGUAUGGCAGAGAAGGUUGGGGCUGACAUUACGGUGCUGCGGGAGAGGGAGGUGGAUUACGACAGCGACGUUCCAAGGAAGAUAACAGAGGUGCUCGUCCGAAAGGUGCCUGACAACCAACAGUUCUUAGACCUGCGAGUGGCUGUGCUGGGGAAUGUGGACUCAGGGAAGUCAACCCUGUUGGGUGUCCUAACACAAGGAGAGCUGGACAACGGACGGGGCCGAGCACGCCUCAACCUCUUCCGGCAUCUCCAUGAAAUCCAGUCAGGAAGAACAUCAAGCAUCAGUUUUGAAAUUCUCGGCUUCAACAGUAAAGGAGAGGUGGUAAAUUACAGCGACUCCCGAACAGCAGAAGAGAUCUGUGAGAGUUCCUCCAAGAUGAUCACUUUCAUUGACCUGGCUGGCCACCACAAGUACCUGAAAACAACCAUCUUUGGCCUCACCAGCUACUGCCCAGAUUUUGCUAUGCUGGUGGUUAGCGCCAACACCGGCAUUGCAGGCACAACGCGAGAGCACUUGGGCUUGGCCAUGGCCCUCAAGGUCCCCUUCUUCAUUGUCAUCAGCAAAGUUGACUUGUGUUCAAAAGCCACCGUGGAACGGACAGUGAAGCAGCUGGAGCGAAUUCUGAAGCAGCCGGGCUGCAACAAGCUCCCCCUGCUUGUCACCUCAGACGAUGAUGCUGUUACAGCAGCACAGCAGUUUGCACAGUCUCCCAACAUCACCCCAAUCUUCACACUGUCCAGCGUUUCUGGGGAGAACCUGGAUCUGUUGAAAGUCUUCCUCAACAUCCUUCCUCCACUGACCAACAGUAAAGAGCAGGAGGAACUAAUGCAACAACUCACAGAGUUUCAGGUUGAUGAAAUUUAUACUGUGCCAGAGGUGGGGACUGUUGUGGGAGGAACUCUGUCGAGUGGGAUCUGCCGAGAGGGGGAGAGCCUGGUGGUUGGUCCCACUGACGACGGGAAGUUCCUCCGGCUGAAAGUGUGCAGUAUCCAACGCAACCGCUCGGCCUGCCGCGUGCUGCGGGCUGGCCAGGCAGCCACGCUGGCCCUUGGACCUUUCGACCGCUCCCUGCUGCGCAAGGGCAUGGUCAUGGUGAGCCCCGAAAUGAACCCCACCAUCUGCUCGGUGUUUGAAGCUGAGAUUGUGCUGUUGUUCCAUGCCACGACUUUCCGGAAGGGGUUUCAGGUGACAGUGCACGUGGGGAAUGUACGGCAGACGGCUGUCGUAGAGAAGAUCCAUGGAAAGGACAAGCUGCGGACAGGAGAGAAGGCCGUUGUCUGUUUCAGAUUCAUCAAGCAUCCUGAAUACUUGAAGAUCGGAGCCAAGCUGCUUUUCCGUGAAGGAGUCACCAAAGGCAUCGGGCAUGUCACUGACCUCCAAGCCAUCACCACCAAAGAAAACGGCCUGGAGGAGUCCUUGGGGCCUGGGCAGCUGAACUUCUGACUACCGCUAGGUCAGAGAGAUCUCCGCUCACCAACGGCCGGGGAGAAGGAUGGAAGCUCCCGUGGCUCUCCGAGUGAUGCCUGGAGCUGCUGCUCUCCGGUCCUAGCAUGGGCGUCCCUCCUCCACGCUGUGAGAUGGAGCCUCGGAGAGUUUCUCGCAUUCAGUGCCAUACGAGGGGCAAGUUAAGCACGUUCUCCACAUUGCCUGCUGCUUUCAUUACCCUGCCCUCCUUCAGAAUAGAUCAGAGGCACCUGCAGACCUGGGCAGGCAAGUUCUGGCUUUGUUUACUGUUUGGAAAUUACUGGUUGGGAGGAGCAGAACCAUUGGAGAGGAGCAGUGAAGGGAUGUUUUUCUAUCUCUUAAUACGGGAUCUGGCCCCAUUCCAGCUCUCCGAGCA